UUUUCAUACAAAUGUACCAAAUUUAUGUCAUUUAUUCACAAUAAUACUGACUUUAUAGUAAUAAUUCAAGCUAAAAUAAGGUUUGUCUUCUAAUUCCAGAAGAGAUGGGUUCUAAAGCAGAACAUGAGCGUAUUAACAUCAAACAGGAGAAUUUAAAUACUGCAAAUUACCAAGAAUAUUCAAAUAAUGAUUUCACAAUUAUUCAAGAAAGCAUUUAUGUAGAAAGCACAGAAAUCAAACAAGAACAUCUCUUUGGUUGUACAACUAAAAAUGAAAUAUUGGAACCAAAGGAUGAAGUCAACGAGGAUUAUCUUAGCAAAGAGGAUUACUGCAAUGAGGAUUAUGUUAGCAAUGUGGAUGACGUUGCCGUUGAACUUGAUAUUAAGAAAGAACCUUUAGACAUUGUAAGCGAAGCAAACACUAAUCUUGCUUUAGAGGAAAUUAGGGUAUGUGAAGUUGAGCCGAAUGUAAUAUUGAACUCUGCUGAACAUAUUAAAAGAGAUGCAAUUAUUCUUGAUGAUUUAUCUAAUAGUGAAUAUAAUAUAAAUGACAGAAGAGAUCAUACACUUGAAAUAAGUUCAGAAACUCUAAAUAAAUCAAUUGAAUCAUUUCGAUGUGAGAUUUGUGGGAAGUGUUACACUAUCAAAAAUGAUCUUGAAAAACAUGCUUUGAUUCAUACCAGAGAGAGACCAUUCCAUUGUAAAGUUUGCGAAAAAAGGUUUACCUUAGCACGUUUGUUAAAACAGCACAUGUUGGUUAUGCAUAAUGACAAAAAGCAAUUCAAAUGUAACACCUGUUCAAAAAGCUUUCAAUGGCCUUCCACUUUGAAAGUUCAUGAACGAAUACAUACUGGGGAACGACCAUUACAGUGUAAAGUUUGCGAAAAAAGGUUUACCUUAGCACGUUUGUUAAAACAGCACAUGUUGGUUGUGCAUAAUGACAAAAAGCCAUUCAAAUGUAACACCUGUUCAAAAAGCUUUCUGUGGUCCUCCGCUUUGAAAGUUCAUGAACGAAUACAUACUGGGGAACGACCAUUACGGUGUAAAGUUUGUGGUAAAUGCUUUAAUAAUUUAGGUUCUUUUGGCAUUCACAAGUUGACUCAUUCUGGAAAAAAAACCUAUUCAUGUAGAAACUGUUUCAAAUGCUUUUUAAGAUAUGAUGAUUUAAGAAAGCAUGAAACGAUCCAUACAGACCUACGACCAUAUGAGUGCAAAUUCUGUAUGAAACGAUUUAGAUUGUAUUGUACUUACACACAACACAAACGAAUACAUGGUAUAGAUAAUAAAUUUAAGUGUAAGUUUUGUGGGAAAUAUUCACAAACAUUGCAAGAUUUGAGAAACCAUGAAAUGAUCCAUACUGGUGAGAAGCCAUUUAAAUGCAAAAUUUGUUUAAAAAAAUUUAGAGUAGCUAGAACUUUGAAAUGCCAUAUGCUUUUACAUACUGGAAAACCCUUUAAAUGUAAAGUUUGUGGUAAAGGCUUUCAAACGGCUCAUGCUUUGAAGGCACAUGAAGCUGCUAAACAUACUGGAAGUAAGCCUUUUGAAUGUGAUGUUUGUGGAAAAUGCUAUGUUGAUCGUUACAGCUUGAAACAUCAUAAAGUUACACAUACUGAAGACAAGCCAUUUAAAUGUAAAGAGUGUGAAAAAUGCUUCUUUUUCUCAAGAGCUUUGAAGGAGCAUUCAAAAGUACACAGCUUGGAGAAGCCUUUCAAAUGUGCGGUUUGUCAAAGGGGUUUCAUACGACAACACUCUUUAGAAAUUCAUAAAAGUGCUCACCAUGAGGGCAAACGUUUUAAUUGCAAGCUGUGUAAGAGUUCUUUCCUUUACUCAAAGUCUUUAAAAAUGCAUGAAAUAACAUGUGAAAAGAAAACAAGAGGCUUUAGGUGUCACAUUUGUGAUCAAUCAUUUCGGAAAUUUAGUGCCUUAAAAUCACACAGACUAUUGCAUAAUGAAAAUGUGUACAAUUGUAAAAUAUGUGAUAAGGUGUGUGAAACCCCUGGUGAUUAUGAAACCCAUCAAUCUUUUCAUUUAAAAGAGGACAAAUUUAGAUGCAAAUUCUGCAUGAGGUAUUUCAAUGACUGUGAUGCAUUAAGAUUGCAUGAAAUGUUCCAUACUGGAGCAACACCAUUCAUAUGUAAACAAUGUCAAAUGGGUUUUGAAACUAGAAUUGAAUUGAGAAAACAUGAGAUACUUCACUCUGCCAAACAGAAACUUACUAAAUUUGAUAAGGAAUUCAAAUGCAAAGUUUGUUCAAUGACUUUUAUGCAGACUUCUACGUUGAAAAUCCACGAAAUGACACAUUCUGAAGAAAAAACAAUUAAAUGUUCAAUAUGUGAUAAGAAAUUCUCCAGACCAUUUGACUUAAAGAUUCAUGAAAGGGUCCAUAAGUAACUGAGAUCAUUUGUGUUUAUCAUUAUGUUAUCAAUAUGCUUGAAUGUAUUAAAAAACUGUAUGUAUAUCACUUGUAAUAAAAUAAAAACCAGAAUACAAAUAGUGACAAUUUUUGUGCAGUCAUAUUCUAGUACACAAUACAAUUUAAAAGUUAACUGAAAUAAUAAAUCAUGUUGCUUUAUGAUUGUAACUCAAAAAUAAAUUCAUUUGGAGAAGUAUACAGAAUGUUCAAUACAGAAUUUAAGCCAUGGACUCUAUGCAUUGUUGACUGAAUCACAAAUAUAAUAGAAGAUUAAAGUGAAAGUUAACAGCAUACUGAGUAUACAACAUAUAGUAUCCUGAUUUAUUGCCAGUUUGUAAUUUCAUUAAAAUGCAUAAAAUUUGUAUAACACUCCUGGUCCUUUGGUAUUGCAUUGGAUCUAAUGUUUAUAAGAUAUUAGACCUUUGUGAAAUUGUG